AUGAAGAUCCUUGCACAGUUGAACACAUGUGAUGAAGUUAUCCUACUCUUGGAUAAUUCAAGCACCAUUUCGAAGAAUCUGAUUAACAAGCUUAGUUUAACACUGAAUUCGAAUCCUGAAAAGGUUAUUUUGGUCAAUCCGUUUAUCGAGGACGAAGACGGUCUCUUGAAAGGGCUAACAUUGGACGAUCCGCAAAAUACUGAAAAGUUUGUGUUGCUUAAAAGAGUUUUCCAACUUAGUGAUUUAGUUGAAUUGGGCAGAAGUAAAGUAAAGAACGUCAUUGAUAGAGUGUUUAUACUAAACUAUGAUGAAAACGAGGCUACGAGAAUAUAUGAGAGUUGUGUCGAGAAUAGGAUUCCAGUCAAUACCUUCAAUUCGUCCAAGUUAUCUACGUUUACAUUACUAUCGACCUAUAACAACCAAAACCUACAAAUCGGUAUAACUACAAAUCUGAAAGGAUGUAAGAUGUCAUCAAGGAUCAAGCGUGAAAUCAUCAAGUCAAUACCUCCGAAUAUAAACGAGAUCUUACAAAAUGUUUCUGAACUAAGAGCAAUUAUAAAUUCCAAUGAAAAUCUGAAUAAAAAGGAGAAAUUGAAAUGGCUAUCUCAAAUUAUCGAUUACUAUCCAUUGAAUGAAUUAGGCGCAAUAUCAAUCGAACAUCUAAGCGAUGAUUUGAAUGACAUUGAAUUCAAAGAAAGUAGGUCAUUGAGUAACAAUGGAAAGAUAUCAUUGAUCGGGUCGGGCCCAGGAUCGAUUUCAAAUCUAACAGUGGGUGCAUUAAAUGCUAUCCAUGAGGCGGAUUUAAUCUUAGCUGAUAAGCUAGUGCCACAAGAAAUCUUGGAUUUGAUACCCAAAGAUGUGGAAGUUUUUAUAGCAAGGAAAUUUCCUGGUAAUGCCGAUAAAGCGCAAGAGGAAUUACUCUCAAUUGGUUUAGAGAGUUUAAGGAAAGGUUUGAACGUGGUUCGGUUGAAACAGGGUGAUCCAUAUAUCUUUGGCCGAGGCGGUGAAGAGUACCUAUUUUUCCAAAAACAUGGCUACAAAGUUAACGUAUUGUGUGGACUAUCGAGUGCUUUUGUUGCUACUGCUAAUGCAGGAAUACCAGCAACUCAUAGGGGUGUUGCUGACCAGGUUAUGAUCUGUACAGGUGUUGGCAGAAAGGGUAAAAUUCCAGACAAUUUACCCAUCUACGAACCAAAGAGAACCACAAUUUUUCUAAUGAGUAUCAAGAGAAUUGUGGAUAUACUACCGAUUCUAAUUGAUGAGAAACAGUGGCCAAAGGAGUUACCUGUCGCUAUAGUAGAAAGGGCCAGCUGUGGUGACGAGCGUGUCAUUAGGACAAGAUUAGGUGAUUUAGUCAACGUGUGUGAAAAGAUCGAGAGUAGACCACCAGGACUAAUUGUCACAGGAUGGGCAUGUGAUGUUUAUACUAGAUUGGAUGAAGAUGAAGAGUAUAGGAUUAUCGAAACAGGCGUUUCCCUUGAUGAAAAUGUAGAUUUGAAUAAGAUUGUCAGGUUAAUAGAGUAA